AUGGAGACUGUCUCAGACUGUACCUACAACGCGAAAACAGUGUCCACAGACGCUGACCUACAUGCCCUUCUCGAAGCUGCAGAGCGUAUCAAAUUUCACGUGAUUGCUCGGCAGGAGACCAAGUGCAGAAGGAGCGACGUACGACAAAUGAAUGACGCUACACUCGUCAUUCGUGGAGAGAAGGUUCCGUCGCGAAAUGUAGGCGGUGUUGGUUUUGUUGUGCACCCAUCUGUCGUCCAUCUUGUCGAUUCUCACGAGAUCCUGUCACCUCGUCUGGCCAUUCUUGGCCUCCGCCCUCUGCGCCAAAAAUCCAUCAGUAUCAUCAACUGCUACUCACCAACAUCAGCAGCUGAUGAACCCGAAUUGCACGCGUUUUACGAAGAGCUGGAGGAAGUAGUCCGCAACGAGAAGUCCUUUUACAAAUUCGUUGUCGGAGACUUCAACGCAAAACUAGGAAAGGCCACAGAAGAGGAAUACAGGAUUGGAAGAUUUGGACUAGGGGACCGGAAUGAAAAUGGCAAUCGUCUCGCCUGGCUGUUGUCCGCCGCUCGCCUCUUUCAUGGGAACUCUCUUCUCAUGAAAAAAGAUCAUCGUCGGUGGACAUGGGAAUCGCCCAAUGGCGCGACUAGUGCGGAGAUCGACCACAUACUCACCAACGGGAGUGGUUCUGAUCACCGUCUCCUUCGUGCGAAAAUACGACUUAGCCACACGAUGGAAAAGAACAUCUGCUAUCGGCAACGAAGGAGAAAAGAAGUCGUCUACGACGACUGCGUACUCGAGGACUUCCUGUCCCAAGGUGACUGGCACACCGAGGAGGACCCAAACGUGGACUACGAGAUGCUGCUCAGAGGAUAA